GCUCCUUUCUCUCUACCAGAUGGAGCAUCACAAGUGCUGGAUCUACAUUACUUCCCGGACAAUCAAUCAUUAGUCGUACUCUUGACAGGAGGGGACAUUGCGAUCCUCAAAGUGGGCGAGCUUGAAGAGCAGUCAAGAGAUGUAAUGGUCGGCAGCGUUGACAGCGGCAUCAAGGCUGCAGCGUGGUCACCGGAUGAAGAGCAACUGAUCCUCGUCACAGGGGAUGACAAUCUCGUUUGCAUGACUCGGGAUUUCGAUCUGACACAUGAAGAGCCAUUGCGAAAAGAUACAUUUGGCGAGGUAGACGAGUUUAUCAACGUCGGAUGGGGUUCUAAAACCACUCAGUUCCAUGGUUCCCUCGGAAAAGCAGCUGCACUAGCUUCUUCCUCUUCCAAACCAUCAUCACUAUCACAUCCUACAGACGACACCCUACCCCGUAUAACCUUUCGAGGAGAUGCUGCCUUUUUUGCCAUAUCAUCUCUUGACCCUUAUAGAGAUUCUGAUCACGGAAGAAGACAAAUUCGAAUAUACUCUCGGGAUGCAAUGGCUGGCUUCUCCCCUAAGUUAUCCGCCACCUCGGAGUCUCUGCCAGGAUUGGAAGGUCCUAUAGCUUGGCGACCUAGUGGGAAUUUACUCAGUGGAUUGGUACGUUAUGGUUAUCCAGGAGGAGCGGAAGGAAAGGAAGGAAGAUGGGAAGUUGCGAUGUUAGAACGUAAUGGUCUUCGACAUGGGGGUUUCGAAUUACGGGAAGAGAAAAAAGUCUGGGAGAAUGGCAAAGUCAAGGGGAUGAUUUGGAAUGCAGACUCAGAGGUACUAGCUAUCUGGAUUGAGCGUGAAACAGAGGAUGUUGUUCAAUUGUGGACUAUGAAGAAUUAUCAUUAUUACCUCAAACAAGAACUUUUUUCGAUCACUCCGUCAUCAAGACUUCGAGGAUUUAGAUGGCAUCCCGAACAACCACUCACAAUCUUUCUCUUUGGCGAAGACCAUAUUCAAUCCAGAUCUUUUGCUUGGGAUACAUAUAUCUCCAGAUUGCCUAUGCCAAAUGAUACCGCUUCGGUCGCUGUUGUGGACGGCAAUCGCCUACUGGUCACUCCCUUCCGCACACAAAUCACCCCACCGCCCAUGUCAUCCUACACCCUGCAGCUUCCUUCCCAACCCGUUCACGUCAGCUUUUGCUCUACUCAAGAUACACUAGCCAUCGUCUUCAGAGACGGCAGCGUACAAGUCUGGGAUCUAGGCACCCGUAUGCCAGACAAAGGGGUAUCGAAAUUAAGAGCAGGUGGAAUGGUGGCCGAUCCAAAGCUGCGCUGGGCUUCCGAACCGUACGAGUCGAAGCAUGGACUCGCCAGUCAGGUAGCUCUGGCAGAUGAUGGUUCAGUGGGGAUAUUAUGUCACGCAUCAGAACCCCAACACUCUACCUGUCAUCUACUUGUCUUGUCUUCGGACGGUUCGCGCAAGUCCAUCCCCGUCGAAAGUGCUAAUCGCAUUCUACAUGAUAGUCAAAUAGGAUGGCUAACUUGUGGUGAUGAGGGUAUGCUACGCAGUACGGAUAACAAUUUAGAAGUCCAGUUAUGCCCAAAUCCUCUCUCGAUCGCCGUCUUCUCUGAAUCAUCCCUCAUUUUCGCACUUUCGCCUUCCGGCAAGCUCUAUCUCGCCUCCCUCUCACCAGGUAGCCAAUCCGACUCAUCCAUCAUAGCCUCAUCAGUUACCUCUUUCACUCUCACUCCUGACUUCUUGAUCUACACCACAGCCUCUCAGACAUCGUUUUACCCUCCUCUCAAUACCUUAUCUCGUAUCGCUUCUGGUGAAGAUGUCCCUGCCUCUGAAAGAGAAUGGGAACUCAGACGAGUGGAACGAGGGUCUUUGGCUGUAGUAGCAUGUCCGAGCUCUAUGAGUCUUGUCCUGCAGAUGCCUCGAGGUAAUCUGGAGACUAUAUAUCCUCGACCCCUUGUUCUCGCUGUAGUACGGAGAGGCAUCCUUGCAGGUCAAUACAGAGAGGCUUUCCUCACAUGUCGCAAACAUCGUUUAGACCUGAACAUAUUAUAUGAUCUGUCACCGGAUCAGUUUAUGAAACAAUUACCUGAGAUCGUGCGGAACAUUCCGGAGGUGGAUUAUUUGAACUUGCUCGUUUCUUCUUUACGGGAAGAGUCACGCUCACAGGACUUGUACAAAGGUAUAGACACAGACCCCGCAAGCGGCCUACAAAAUGGAAAGAUCAACCGGAUUUGUGAUGCUGUACGAGAUCUACUGGAGGAGAUCGACCUAGUUAAGUAUGUCGAGACUAUCCUGACCAGUCAUAUCUGCAAGGUCCCAUCGGAUUACGAAGCUGGUCUACGGGUCUUGCUUCGGUUACAGGACGAUCACCCAGACGUGGUCGAAGACGCUAUAAAGUACAUCAUCUUCUUAUCUGACGUGAACAAACUGUACGAUGUCGCUUUGGGGAUGUACAACUUUCAAUUGGUUCUCAUGAUAGCUCAAUACUCGCAAAAGGACCCAAAGGAAUAUCUCCCUUUUUUACGCGAACUUCGAGCAUUGGAUCAAUAUGAACAACGGUAUCGGAUCGAUGAUCAUCUCGGUCGACGUGUCAGUGCUUUGAGGAACCUCCAUGCGGCUGGUCCGGAGAAAUUCGAAGAAGCUUCAUCUUAUUUGGCUCGUUAUGAAUUAUACGAUGAAGCGUUCAAACUUUAUAAAGAAGACACCGAACGUCUGCCCAUUAUCUAUGAUUUAUAUGGUGAUUAUCUAUAUGACCGAAGAGAUUUUCAUGAAGCUGCAUUAGCAUAUACAUCAGCUUCCAAACCAUUGAAAACUCUCAAAGCGUACGAAAAAGCACACGCAUGGAGAGAACUUUUUUCACUUGCAAUCAAUCAACAACUCUCUUCAGAUGAGAUGAAAUCUCUGUCCGAAAGAACCUCGGAAUAUCUGGCUUCGAGAGGUAGACAUCUUGAAGCUGCUCGUAUACUUGUCGAUCAUGCGGGGGAUGUUGACACAGCCAUCGAGGUAGUUUGUCAAGGAGGAGAAUUUGCUGAGGCACAACGUUUGGCUGCUAUGUAUGAUCGACCGAAUCUUGUGCAAAGUAUCAUUUUACCUGCUAUGGAAAAGACACAGGAAGAGAUAUUAGAAACGUUUGAAGAGAUGCAAGGACAGUUAGAAAAGGAGAUGUCAAGACUUGGAGAAUUGAGAGAAAUCAGAAAGAAUGAUCCGGAUAGGUUUUAUAUUGUCGAAAGGGAAGAAUUGGAAGGUGUUGAUGUGGUAACUAACGCUUCUACUGCGGUGACGAAUUUUACUAGGUAUACCGUGGCACCUACCACCAUUACGCAAGUGACGAGGAUGACGGGUCAAACGAAUAAAAGUAAAUAUAAACCUUCAAAGAAGCGUGCGACGGGGAGAAAAGGUACAGUGGACGAAUACGAAUAUCUUAUUUCUUCGCUCGGUCGAUUGGUCAUUCGAACAGAAGAGAAGAGCGCCGAAGCUCUCACCCUCCUUCGUCACCUACUCAUUCCACUCCCUGACCUAGCUCAAUCUCUUCAAUCUUAUAUCUUAUCAUUCCGCCUUCGACUCACCCUCGCCCUGGAAGAUGCAUGGAAAGACAGAGAGUCUGUGCUCGGGGAAGUCAUCUCGAGUGGUGGAAUGGGUCUAGGAGGUGAUCCAACGUCUGCUUUGGAGAUUGUGAGACCUAAAGUGGAGGAAUGGAGAGGAUUGGGGAUGUUGGUUAUUUGAUAUUUACUCAUACAUAUCUUGCAUUGACAUUCUUAC